GACGGUUAAUUCUACAAAUUCACUAGCCAUUCUUGAUCUUUAUCUGAACAAAUUAUCUUCAGUUCCUAGGUCAAUAUUGGUCUCGUGUCCAUGGAUCUUAGUGGCAAUCAUUUGAAAGGCCCAAUUCCUGAUUACUUUGGGAACAUGUCAUUUCUUAAAGGUGUUGAUCUUAGUUUAAACUCACUCAAUUCAUCCAUACCCAACUCCUUGAAACAUUGUCGACCUCAGUUCAAAUCGAUUCUCUGGUACACUGCCAAGACUUCUGCAAUCUUUAGGAUUGACUUGGAGCUCUUAAAUUUGGGAAACAACAAUUUGAUAGGAAAAAUCCCAUCUUCUUUGGGAGAUACAAGUCUUGCAAUGCUAAACCUUCGGAACAAUAGCAUGUUCGGAGAAUUACCCUCCACAUUGCAAAAUUGUACUGAUUUGGUUAUUCUUGAUCUCAGUGAAAAUCAUUUCAGUGGAAGAAUACCAACAUGGAUUGGUGACAAGCUCUCUAAUCUUGUGGUACUAAGCCUCCAUUCAAAUAACUUUGAUGGGCAUAUUCCUCAUACAAUUUGCACUCUUCAAUCUCUUCAGAAUUUGUACCUUGGACACAACAACAUUUUAGGAGAUAUUCCAAAAUGUUUUAGAAAUUUAAGUGCAAUGGCCACUAAAGAAAAACAAAGUAAAUACUACUACCAAGUGGAGACGUUUGUUAGAAAUGCAUAUAUGUACACUUAUUUGAUAGGUGCGUCACUGGAGGUGAAAGGAAGAGAGGAUGGGUAUAGUACCACACUAGCACUUGUUACCAGCAUUCACCUCUCAGCUAACAGUCUCACAGGAGAUAUCCUAGAAGAACUUGGAAGUCUCAUUGGGCUAUUGUCAUUAAAUUUGUCAGGGAAUCUCCUAACAGGAAAUAUACCAGACAGCAUUGGCAACAUGGAGUUGAUAGAAUCACUUGAUUUAUCGAUGAAUCGUUUGCAUGGUGGAAUCCCUUCAAGUUUCUCCAAUUUGAAUUUCUUGAAUCAAUUAAACGUUUCCUACAACAACUUGACAGGACAAAUCCCAACAUCCACUAAACUUCAAAGCUUUGAAAACUCUUCAUUCAUGGGCAAUCAUCUCUGCGGGCCUCCUGUCAGUAAAAACUGCAGCACUGAAGGUGUUCCGACCGAUGCUACAAAGAAUGGAGAAAGCAGUGGAAGAAGUAAAGUGAACGGGUUUUAUGUGAGCAUUGUUGUUGGAUUUGUAAUGGGAUUUUGGGGAUUGGUGGCUCCCCUAUUUUUCAUCAGGUCUUGGAGGCAUGCUUACUAUGCAAAGCUGGAGCAUUUUGGUAACAAGUUGUAUGUGUUUUGGGCUCUAAGGGUAUGUAACUCCAUGGGAAAACAAUAG